CACCGCAGCACAAGCGCCACACUCAAAAGCCACCCUAAUUAUUUCGUAACUUCUUAUUUUCUACCUAAAUGCAACAAGUCCGGGUAUAUAAAACAAGAAUAAGCAAAAAACGUCUGUAUUAACCAUGCCAAUAAAUUCGUAGGAGCUUUGCAGUAAACUUUAGCUGUAAUUUAGUCCCCUUUCAAUCCCCUGUUGCUCUCAGCGACAGGAACAGCAGAUAAAAUGAUCCCUCAUAUAAACAUUAGAAAGUAUUUUCCAAAUGUUGCCUUCGCCCUGGUCAUUAUUACAGCUUUAAAUGUAGGUUUUUGUCAGAGUACUGAGAUUGAUCCGGGUAAAUGUCUCGUGUGGGGUCCUGGACUGAAUCCUGAUGUUGUGCUUCCUGUCAGAUACUUCUUCAUUCAGACUGUUGAUUCACAAGGAGGAAACAUCACUGUCUCUCCUGUUAAAGACUCUUUCAAAGUGAAGAUAUCCUCAUUAGAAAAGGAGUAUCUUCGUAUCCAUAUCCCAGCACCAUUGGAUCGGGGCGAUGGCUCCCUACUUGUCAGAUACCGCCUCUAUGGAAGUUCUUUGAAGGGUUUGAAGAUUGAAGUUUUGUAUCAAGAUAAGCCAGUGGCAAAGUCACCAUACACUCUUAGAGGUCCUGUUUAUCAUGAAUACUGUGAUUGUCCAGAGUCUGAUGUGGAAGCGUGGCAGAGGGUUAUGCAGUGCCCAGAGGAAGACCCCCAAAUUCAAAAGGAUUUCAGUUCAUUUCCAUCUAUUGACCUGCAGCAGCUCCUGCAGGAGGUUCCAAAGCGCUUUGCACAGCGAGGUGGACUCAUUCACUAUACCAUCUUAAACAACCAGGUGCAUCGGCGCUCGCUGGGCAAGUACACCGAUUUCAAGAUGUUCUCGGAUGAGAUACUGCUCUCCCUCGCUCGAAAAAUAAAAAUGCCUGAUGUGGAAUUUUAUAUUAACGUUGGAGACUGGCCAAUGGAGAACAGGAAAGUAAGUGACAAACCUGGACCAGUGCCUAUUAUCUCAUGGUGCGGCUCCACGGACACACGGGACAUCAUUCUUCCUACAUAUGAUAUCACACACUCAUCCUUAGAGGCAAUGAGAGGCGUAACAAAUGACCUGCUGUCAGUCCAGGGGAACACAGGUCCUGUAUGGUCAGAUAAAAUGGACAAGGCAUUCUUCAGAGGAAGGGACAGUCGAGAAGAACGCUUGCAUUUGGUAACCAUGUCCAAAGAAAAUCCGGAGUUGCUCGAUGCGGGAAUAACAGCAUUUUUUUUCUUUCGUGAACGGGAGAAGGAACUUGGAAAAGCACCACUGGUUGGUUUCUUUGAUUUUUUUAAGUACAAAUACCAGGUGAAUGUAGAUGGAACAGUAGCGGCCUAUAGGUUUCCGUACCUGAUGCUGGGCAACAGUUUGGUCUUAAAACAGGAUUCACCAUACUAUGAACACUUUUACACACAUCUGAAACCAGGUGUGCACUAUAUACCAGUGAAGAGGGACCUUUCUGACCUCAUCGAGAAGAUUAAAUGGGCUAAGAACAAUGACACAGAGGCAGAGGCCAUAGCUAAAACCGGACAGUCGGUGGUGAGAGAUCUGCUUCAGCCUCACAGACUCUACUGCUACUACUACACUGUUUUCCAGACCUAUGCGAAUCGUCAGAGCACUCGGCCUGUAGUUCAUCCUGAUAUGGAAAUAGUGCCUCAGCCAUCUGAUCACUCUGCACUGUGUAACUGUGAGAGGAGAUCCGAGGAUCAGAAUCUUCAGCAGAAGGAUGAGCUCUGACAAAGUCAGCUCAGACUGUCUCAGCCCUCACAGCUCCUUUUCCUCCAAAGAUUAACUGACAAAAGUGAUCCGUCUGAAACAAGUGUCACAAACAUGCACAUGAAAGAAAUAAUAUUGAAUGGAACACAAAAACCAUUCAAAUAGUGACACUGAAUCAGAAUGGCUUUUUAUAUAGGUAUAGAGGAAUGAUAUACUUUUGAAGGAUGAACUUGAGUUGUGCUAGGAUUAAAAUGUUUUAACGGUUUGUUUAUCUGACUGCAGAUAACCAUUUAUGUGCCUGUGCAUUACACUAUUAAUCCCACUGUUUUAAAUUAUUUUAUUUCCCACUUUCCUCACUUUUUUCUGCUUUUUUUGCAUUUCACAGAACUGCGAGUGUAAUGUUUUUGCUUUGAUUUUUGAUCCUUUUCCCCCCUGUGUUUAUCUUUACUUGCAUUACUUUUCUUAUUAGAAUUACUUAUCAGUAUGGAAAGCAGGGGUGAUAAAUAUAAUUUGAAAUGUGGAACAAAAAUGAGCCUGUAAAACCUGUGAGUAGCCUAGUUUUGUUUUAAAACUUUUUAAUGUGUUCUGAAUGAAGCUAAUGUAAGCUAAGCUUUAUGCUGUAUGUGUGCCACACUUAAGCUUAUUGCCCAAGUAGAGCAUCACUACAUUCCUAACAUUACAGUGAUAGUAUCAAACUUUGGAUUCUCUGACAGCUCAAUGAAUGGCUGAACUGCUCUUUUGGUGACAUAAGUGUCAUUUUGACUAUGAUGUGGAGUUGUGUCUCAGACCUCAUCAAAAAAAGUCUGAGCGUAAAUCAUGCUUGCCUUAAACUUGUACACGUUCCAUUUGUUUCCAGAGUUCAUUUGUGCCAAACAGCUAUAUUCUAUGGUAAAAUAUGUGGCAGUGGACUGUCAUUUGUCAACUCAAGGAUUUUUUUGUUUGUUUACAAAAAAAAUUCAGUACUAUUGUUUCAUAAUAAACUCUCUUUAAUCAUAGUUAA